GGCGUUGUCAGCGCCGUGCUCUAUUAUCCAUUAGGUCUCCGUCCUUCACUCGCGAAACACCUUAUCGGUCUACUGGAUGGAGGAGUGAGACUCGCUUAAGACUCGAAAAAACGCAAAAUCGAAAAUAUAUGAAAGUGAACAUGUCGCUGCUUUCAACAACACACCUCCCGAGUAUUUGUGAAAAACCGGCAGUAUAAAGAGAGUAGUACCACAUGUCUAAGCAUGAUUUAGUUCUGUGGAAACAAACGAUAAAAGAAAGACACAAGAAGCGAAGAUUGUAGAAAGGAUAAGAAACUUUUUUCUGAAAAAUGGAGGCCAUCUUUUCAUUCACUGUCUUGAAAAGAAAUGCCGGCAGCUGAAAGCAAGUAACAAGCACCCAAGUCGCUAUGAAGGUUUCCUAAACUGAGGAUCAUGAUGGUCUAGCUUCCUCAAGGAGACCAGUCGCCUGAAUCAGUGAUGCAAAUGGAGAUAAAAGAAGAACCGAACGACGGCAACCAGAAAGAGACCACAAGGAGCCGUAAUGAAUCCCCCGGACAACAAGAUGGUAUUCCUGGCAAGACGAUUGCUGAUAUUUCGGUCACAGGUGUUUCUCGGGUAUGCAGCAAGAGAUGCCCACCUAUGCAACGCAGGCUGUGGGCAUUGGUGCUGCUCACCUGCACGGCGCUAAUGACGGCCCAGGUAUGGGACAGGGUCAGCUAUUACCUCUCCAUGCCCGUGUCCGUCAACGUCCGGGUCACCAGAAAUCAAACGCUACGGUUCCCCGUGUUGACUUUCUGCAACAAGAACCAGUUCAACAUGACCUCGCUGAACGAACUUCGGGAGGAGCUUGCAAGCAGACUGAAGGAGACCAACCAGUCAGUCAUCAAGUCAUGGGACAUCCCCCAUCUCAUUGAGACACUGGGACACAACGCCAAAGAUGUCUGGACACUCAUCAAACAUCAUCGAGAUCUGAUGAUUAGUGAGUGCUUUUUCAGCCGAGGCCGAAAAUGUGAAGAGAUGGGAACUUGGUCUACCAUUUACACUGUUCUGGGAGUUUGUUAUCAAUAUCGCCUCAACGAGGCCGUGUCUAUUUCUGGUAUUUUCAACAACCUGUACCUGAAGCUGCACGACCCAGAGACGGAUCGCUACAAGGGCGACAGCGGAUUCAAAAUCCUGAUCCACGAUCCGAGAGAUUAUCCGAUCAUAGACAUCAGAACGCACGGUACGACUCUGGAGGAAGGCUGGGAGAAGUCCGUAAGAGUAACCGUGAGGGAGUUCAAGACAAUCCCUACGCAACGUUGGCCUUGCGUCAAAAACGCCUCUUACUCCUCAUCGCAGUGUAUCUCUGUGUGCUUCUUGAAGGCACUCUACAACCAUACAAAUUGUCUCAUGCCGUAUAUGAAGGACAUAGACGGCGCCUUCUGCAACUCCUCUGAACAGUAUAAGAACGGUGAGAAAUGGGAGAAGGAAUUGCUCUUCUUUGGACGUUGGUCACACCAUAGCUGCGGCUGCAUGAAGCAGUGUAACGAAGACAUCUAUUCCGUUUACGCAGAGGCAGCCGUGACUGACGACUCCACGGCCAAACUACGGGUGUUCUUCCAGGAUUUAACUUUUGACGAAAUCUCAGAGGACAUCGCCUACGACGCCAUUGCUCUUCUAUGCGACAUUGGCGGGACACUGGGUCUCCUCCUCGGAGCCUCCGUCCUCACUUUCAUCGAAAUUAUGGAAGUCUGCUGGAUGAAGUUGAUAAGACGUUGGUAGCAGCUUGAGAGAUGUUUGCUCUACCUAAGGAAGAGCUGUACUUAGAGCAAUUUUAACGAUUAAGGAAAUCAGCUCUGGUGUGCAGGUGUAUAGGCUGCCAUUCAUCAUGUGUAUUGCAGUUAGCUUCAUGUAUCUAUACAUGCGCAGGUUUACCUACGCCGGAUUAUGUGUUGAAGUCCAUAAUAAACCAAAGGGUGAUGGUAAUUGAAUAAUAUAAUCUUUUCCCCAUUUAUCACUUCAGUCUCCACAGUGUAAAACAGAAGAUAAGACGAAAACAAUUAACCUGUAUUCAAGGUGAUGGUAACUGGAUAAUAUAGUCUUUUUCCCAUUUAUCACUUCAGUCUCCACGGUGUAAAACAGAAUAUAAGACGAAAACAAUUAAUCUGCAUUCAAACAUAUAAUGUGAACAGCAUAAUGUGAAAAACAGGAGCAAUUCUUAGCUGAGAUGCAUCAUAGUGAAUGCAACAAUGGAAUAGAAUGUGCCAAAAAUUUAUAAAUAUGCACGACAGAAAAUGCAUAAUCGAACAAGUAAUCAAAGGAAAAAAAUCAGCUGAACUUUGCACUAGUGAAUGGAGCAUGACCAUCGUAAACGAGAUCCAUUUCAAAUACAUGAAGGCUUGGAAAUAAAAUAAGAACUGUGAAAAAUGGUCGACCUGUUCACCAAACGACCCUCGAAAAGAGGAGUGACAUUAUUUUUCUCGGAACUGGAAAAGAAAUGAAGUCUGCUUUAAUUGCCUUAACACGAUCGCGGUAUUCCGGUAUACACUAUCGAAGUGUUAUGAUUAUUUUGAUGGGGUUCAUGUCUAGUUCUGAAUAGCAAACCAU